UUCCUGGUCGGUGGCUCCCAUGCUGGUCUCCGAUGUUCAGGAAGUGGUGUCAGCAGAGACUGAGCUGCACCCUUUCUUUGGACAGAUGGCAGGAGAAGAGAACUUCAAGGAAGAGCUCAGAUCCCAGGAUGCUUCCAGGAACUUGAACCAGCAUGAGGCAGCAGGGCAUCCACAUUCCUGGUCUCUGGAGAUGCUGUUACACAGAUUGAGGGCUGACCACACCAAGCAGGAUGACAAGUUUGCCAACCUCCUGGAUGCGGUGGGGGAGUUUGGCACAUUCCAGCAGAGGCUAGUGGCCCUCACCUUUAUCCCCAGCAUCAUGUCAGCCUUCUUCAUGUUUGCUGACUACUUCGUGUUCACAGCCCAAAAGCCCUAUUGCAACACCAGCUGGAUCCUGGCAGUGGGCCCCAACCUGUCUGAAGCUGAGCAGCUGAAUCUGACCAUACCCCGAGCACCCAACGGCAGUUUCCUGAUGUGCCUCAUGUACCUUCCUGUGCCUUGGAAUCUGGAUUCUAUCAUCCACUUUGGCCUCAACGACACAGACAAAUGCCGAGAUGGGUGGAUCUAUCCUGACGCUAAGAAGAGAUCGCUGAUCAAUGAGUUUGACUUGGUAUGUGGCGCGGAGACAAAGAAGGACACUGCACAUAUCAUGUUCAUGGCAGGACCCCUGAUAGGCUCUCUCAUCUUCGGGCUCAUAACUGACAAGAUAGGCCGCUACCCUGCCAUCCUGCUGUCACUGCUGGGGCUGAUCAUCUUCGGCUUUGGGACAGCCUUCGUGAACAGCUUUCACCUGUAUUUGUUAUUUCGCUUUGGCAUCUCACAGUCAGUGGUGGGCUACGCCAUCAGCAGCAUUUCUCUGGCCACUGAGUGGUUAGUGGGCGAGCACCGGGCCCAUGCCAUUAUCCUGGAACACUGCUUUUUCGCUGUUGGGGCCAUGUUGCUGACGGGGAUCGCCUACAGUCUUCCCCACUGGCGGCUGCUGUUUCUGGUGGGUGGGGUACUUGCGGUCCCCCUCAUCUCCUAUAUCUGGAUUCUCCCAGAGUCCCCACGGUGGCUGAUGAUGAAAGGGAAGGUGAAGGAGGCCAAGCAGAUGCUGUGCUACGCUGCAAGUGUGAACAAGAAGACCAUUCCUUCAAAUCUGCUGGACGAGGUGCAGCUGCCCAGAAAGAAGGUGACUCAGGCCUCUGUCCUGGACUUCUGUAAGAAUAGGCAGCUCUGCAAGGUGAUCUUGGUGAUGAGCUGCGUGUGGUUUACCGUCAGUUACACCUAUUUUACGUUGAGCCUGAGAAUGAGAGAGCUGGGCGUGAGCGUCCACUUCAGACAUGUGGUCCCCAGCAUCAUGGAGGUGUCUGCCCGGCUGUGCUGCAUCUUUCUUCUCCAGCAGAUUGGGAGGAAGUGGAGCCUGGCUGUGACUCUCCUCCAAACCAUCAUCUGGUGCUUGCUUCUCCUUUUCCUCUCUGAAGGGGAGGAUGGCUUCAGACUCAGGCGGCCACGUUGUCCGGCCACAGAGCGGAAAUCCAUGACGAUCUUGAUGCUCACACUUGGAGAGUUCAGCCUGGCUGCCACUGUCACCGUGUUCUUCCUCUACACCGCUGAGCUCCUCCCCACCGUGCUCAGGGCGACAGGUCUGGGGCUGGUGUUUCUGGCCUCGGCGGCUGGAGCCAUCUUGUCUCUGACAAUCAUCAACCAGACCCCCUCCCUCCUGCCCAUCUUUCUCUGCUGCAUCUUAGCCAUCGUGGCCUUUUCCCUCUCCUUCCUGCUACCGGAAACGCGAGAUCAGCCCCUCUUCCACAGCCUGGAGCACUCCCCACAGAUGAGGAAUAAGGUCAAGGACAUGACGACUGAGGAUACGUCAUCUGAUGAUAUGUCGUCUGAUGAUAUGUCUGAGGAAGCGGCCAAGAACGUCAUUCUCAAUGCCCAGAUCCUGAGAUUGGACCCAUACCCUGUCUCCAAACCUGCCUUGGAGCAAUAAAGAGGAAGCAAACAUUCAGGCUCCCCAAGGGCCAGGCCCCCAGACCAUCUUGGGUUGGAAUUGAGUGGCCAAGUAUGGGGUUGUGGAUUCCAGGCCACAGAUUCCAGGCCCAGUUCAGUCUGUGGGGCAGGAUCAGUCCUGCUCCCGGACCAGCCCUUGACAUUAAAAAAAAUGGCCCCCCUUCUGCGGGAGCUCUGCUGUGAUUCAUUCCAAUAAAGGUACAAUGUUGGUCUUGA